AUCAAUUUUCAUUACAUCUCAUGAUCUCAAAGCUUCAUCUUCUUCUUUCUUCUUCUUUCUUCUUCUCUCCCUUCAAUUCUCAGAAUCCGAAACCUUUUUCUCUGUGAAAAAGAUAAAGAAAGGAAGGUAUUCCAAUGGUUUCUUGAGGCUUUUAUAGUAGUUGCGUACUGGAAGGACGAUGACGCCGAGCCGUUGUAACUUCUUGAACUCGAAGAUCGUCCUUUCUUUUCAACUCCUUCAUGGAACGCGGCAAACCCCCUUCUUCUUCUUCUUCAGAAUCCAGCAGGUUAUCGGAUCCGGAUAAUGCGAAGGUUAUUGAAUGGGAGGACUUCGAGCAGGAGCUUGCGAGGCUAUGGAGUCUCUCUUCGGCGCUCGAGGAAGCCAAGCAACAGAAAGAAUCUCUUAAGCAAAAGCUUGAUUCUCUAAUUCAGGUUGAUGCCGAGUCAGUUAGUCGAUCAAAUGAGCUUGCAGAGAUGCGCGAGAAACUUGAAGCGAGGAAAUGUAUUGUGGAGAAUAUGGGCAUGCGUUCUAAACUUGCAUCAGAGGAUGUGAAGAAACAAGAGGAGAGUCUUAGCAUUGAAGUUAGAUCACUUUUGGUUGCUGGAACUGCUUUAUCUAAAGCUAGGAAACGAUUGCAGGAAUCAAAUAGAUUACUCUCUGGGGAAGAAGGCUAUGACCGUCUUAAAAGCUUACAGAAGACGCUGAGAAGAAGACAACAAUUUAUGAUUUCACAAGUUUCAUUUCUCUAUCCUGUAAAAAUCUCAACUGGACCUGCGAAGGAUCAGGAGCUCGAAUCAUUUCCCAGCACUAGUAGAUUAGGGAAUUCUUCUGGAUCUAAACCUGUCAAUCAUGGAUCUUUGACAAUAUUAGGUUUAAAUUUGAAUGUGCUUCCAUUUAAAAAGAUGAGCUUUUUCAGCGACAAGAAAGAGACUCAGAGGUCUGCAUCUGCCUUGGGAUAUGUAGCUCAUGCUGUCUCCCUUAUAUCUUCAUAUCUAAAAGUUCCUUUACGAUACCCUUUACGCUUGGGUGGUUCUCGUUCCUACAUUUGUGACUAUGCACCUUCAAUAGAGCCCACAUCAUCUGUUUCCUUAUCCACCGCCCUACCUGACACAGAUACAAAGCAUGUCGAGUUCCCUCUCUUUUUAGAUGGACAAGAUACAACGAGAGCUGCUUAUGCCGUAUUUCUGUUGAACAAGGACUUGGAGCAGCUUCUAAACUUUAUUGGUGUGAAGAGUUUGGGCCCACGCCAUAUUUUGGCCAACUUGAAGGAGCUUCUGAGGAUCAUCCAAUCUGCAGAUUAUAUUGAUAAGUGAUCAAAAUUUUCAAAUGAAGUUAGGCUUGUAGGUUGAACAACAUUGUAAAUGGAUCGGUUGCAUAUUCUUACACAGGUGCGAAUUCGUUUUUUUUGGUCAGCACCUUUUUCAUAUCAUAUACAUUGUUAGUUGUUGCUGAUACUGAUAUACAAGGCCGAAGCGUACAAUUAGUUUGUCUACGUACUCAACACUGAAGAAAAAGGAUACCAAAAAUGCAUAAAGGAAGAUUUGAAGAUGAUCAUCAUGCAAUAUUGUCAUCUCUUCUAUCUUUUCUCAUUUCUUGGUUUAUACUUGAUAUGAUGCUGUCUAUCAGUUAGCGUAAAAA